AUGCCAGAGAAAUCAAACCUCAAAUCAGAGGAUCGUGAACGUAUUUCCAAACUUUUCAAAGAGUUAGAUGUCGACAAAGAUGGUCGAGUUAGUGUCGCUGAGCUAGCCUCCAGAAUCAAUAAUGCUGAAAAGGAUUCAACUGCAGCGGAAAUCAUUGGUCGUAGUGAAAGUCGAACUACUAUGACCUUUCAGGAAUUUGUGGACUAUAUUACAGAUACAGAAACUCAACUUAAACUGGCAUUUCGUCAAAUGGAUAAAAAUCAGGACAAUGUAGUUGACGCCUCAGAAAUUCAAGCUCAAAUGCGGGAACUCGGUGUAGAAAUUUCUCUCAAAGAAGCAGAAAGACUGUUGAAAAGGGUUGAUCAAGAUGCAUCUUCUAGUAUUGAUUUCAAUGAAUGGAGAGAUUUCCUUAUACUCUCUGGUAAGACCCGACUUGAGGAUAUAUUUCACUACUGGAGGCGGGCGUCGGCUGUGGAUAUUGGCGAAUUGGUGCAAGUUCCUGAUGAUUAUACAGAGGAAGAAAAGAAAUCUGGAGAAGCGUGGCGAACUCUUGUGGCUGGUGGUAAGUAA